AUGGUAUUCUUGGACGAUAGCAGAGCAGACAAGCCGCUCUGCAUUGUACCUCAGCUUCGCAUCCUGGUCGCUCCAUUGGUCGUAGUCCCAUGCGAAGAGUUGCGACAGGCAGUUUGUGAGGCGGCUUGUAUUUUCACGGCGGACCGUGAGCGAGAGAAGGAGAGAAUGCGAGGAGACGAAUUCAUGCAAGCUCAAUUCAGAAGGACUUUGCAGGUUCCGUGCUUUCUUACCACCGAAGGCUGA